GAUGUAGAUCAGAUGGUGAGAGAAUAGAAGUUGCCCCAGUCCUGAGUCCAUGAUGUAUGCACCAAUUGAAUUUUCAGAAGCUGAUUACCCACAAGUUCACUAUCAAAGGAGACAGCAAUUUUGGGACCCUAUAAGGCUAGCUCUUUUCACACUGGCAAUUGUAGCAAUCAUAGGAAUUGCAAUUGGUAUUGUUACUCAUUUUGUUGUGGAGGAUGAUAAGUCAUUCUAUUAUCUUGCCUCUUUUAAAGUAACAAAUAUAAAAUAUAAAGAAAAUUAUGGUGUGAGACCCUCAAGAGAAUUUACAGAAAGGAGUCAUCAAAUUGAGAGAAUGAUGUCUAGGAUAUUUCGACGUGAUAAUACCGGAGGGGGUCGGUUUAUCAAAUCACAUGUUGUCAGAAUAAGUCCAGAUGAACACGGUGUGAACAUUGUUAUGGUGCUCAUGUUUCAAUACCCAUCUACGAGUAGUGCCGAGAGAAUCAAGAAAAAAAUUGAAAAAAUUCUAUAUCAAAGUCUGAAGACAAAACAGUUGCCUUUGACUAUAAACAAAUCAUCAUUUACACUCACAUCUAUCGACAGCAGAAAGAUGAGGAAUCUACUCAGCAGCCGCUGUGGAAUAAGGAUGACCCCUUCAAACAUGCCAUUACCAGCAUCAUCUUCUACUGAAAGGAUUGUCCAUGGUCGGGAAACAGCCCUAGAAGGGGAGUGGCCCUGGCAGGCCAGCCUCCAGCUCAUAGGCGCGGGUCAUCAGUGUGGAGCCAGCCUCAUCAGUAACACGUGGUUGCUGACCGCAGCUCACUGCUUCCGCAAAAAUAAAGACCCCCAUCAGUGGAUUGUUACUUUUGGCACAACCAUAACACCACCUGCGGUGCAACGAAGGGUGGGAAGAAUUAUCCUUCAUGAAAAUUACCACAGAGAAACAAAUGAAAAUGACAUUGCUUUGGCUCAGCUUUCUACCCGAGUUGAGUUUUCAAAUAUAGUCCAGAGAGUUUGUCUUCCAGAUUCAUUUAUAAAGUUGCCACCUAAGACAAGUGUUUUUGUUACAGGAUUUGGAUCCAUUGUGGAUGAUGGACCGACACAAAAUAAACUUCGGCAAGCUAGGGUGGAAACCAUAAGCACCGAUGUGUGUAACAGAAAGGAUGUGUAUGAUGGCCUCAUAACUUCAGGAAUGUUAUGUGCUGGAUUCAUGGAAGGAAAAGUAGAUGCAUGUAAGGGAGAUUCUGGUGGACCUUUGGUUUAUGACAAUCGUGACAUUUGGUACCUUAUUGGUAUAGUAAGUUGGGGACAGUCAUGUGCUCUUCCAAAAAAACCUGGGGUCUACACAAGAGUGACUCAGUAUAGAUCCUGGAUUGCCUCCAAGACUGGUAUCUAG